UGGAGAGUCAUUGGAGGACGCGGCCACCCGAAGCUGAUAAAUAAGGGGCCCGGACACGGCUGCCAGCCAAGUUGGACGCCCCGACCCUUACGAGGGCCAGGUCAGCACCGGCCCCGCGAGGCAAAACGAGGCGAACCCCGUGCUGCCAUGGCCUCGCUGUUGGGAACUUACUCGUGGCCCGAGGGGCUCGAGUGCCCAGCACUGGAAGCCGAGCUGUCGGAUGGGCUGUCACCGCCGGCUGCCCCGCGCCCCUCAGGGGACAAGGGCUCGGAGAGCCGCAUCCGGCGGCCCAUGAACGCCUUCAUGGUGUGGGCCAAGGACGAGAGGAAGCGGCUGGCGGUGCAGAACCCGGACCUGCACAACGCCGAGCUCAGCAAGAUGUUGGGAAAAUCGUGGAAGGCUCUGACGCUGUCACAGAAGAGGCCUUAUGUGGACGAGGCGGAGCGCCUGCGCCUGCAGCACAUGCAAGACUACCCCAACUACAAGUACCGGCCCCGCAGGAAGAAGCAAGCCAAGCGCCUCUGCAAACGCGUGGAUCCUGGCUUCCUCCUGGGCUCUCUUUCCUCCCGAGACCAGAACACCCUGCCAGAGAAGAGGAGCACCGGUGGCAGCCGGGGGGCACUAGGGGAGAAGGAGGACAGGGGUGAGUACUCCCCGGAUACCGCUCUGCCCAGCCUCCAGGGCUGCUACCAUGAGGCCACUGCUGGCGGCAGUGGCAGUGGCAUCAGCGCUCCGGGGAGUGUGGACACAUACCCCUACGGGCUGCCCACGCCCCCAGAAAUGUCGCCCCUGGAUGUGUUGGAGCCGGAGCAGACCUUCUUCUCCUCCCCCUGCCAGGAGGAACACGCCCACCCCCGCCGCCUCCCUCACCUGCCAGGGCCCCCUUACUCACCUCCCGAAUUCGCCUCUAGCCCCCUGCACUGUAGUCACUCCCUAGGCUCCCUGGCCCUCGGCCAGGCCCCAGGAGUCUCCAUGAUGUCCCCCAUCCCUGGCUGUCCCCCAUCUCCCGCUUAUUACUCCCCUACCACCUACCAUUCUCUCCACUCCAACCUCCAUGCCCACCUGGGCCAACUCUCCCCGCCUCCUGAGCACCCUGGUUUCGAUGCGCUGGAUCAACUGAGUCAGGCGGAACUGCUGGGGGACAUGGAUCGCAAUGAGUUCGACCAGUAUUUGAACACUCCUGGCCACCCGGACUCUGGCCUCAGCAGCCAUACCUCGCUCUCCCAGGUGACCCCCACGGGCCCCACAGAGACGAGUCUCAUCUCCGUCCUGGCCGAUGCCACGGCCACCUACUAUAACAGCUACAGUGUGUCCUAGAGCUGGCAGGCCCAGCCCUGCACCUUCUCCUUCCUGCGCACUGAAAGGAGCCUGGGCAGCACCACCAGCUUCCCUCCAGCUCCCCCUCUGUAGAAUUGCCGGGAUUUCCCGGAGCCUUCACCCCAAGGCUCCACUCACCCUAUUCCCCUCCCCUCCACUCUUCUCCCAUACCCCCUCCACCGCCCUGCAGCGUUCCCUUCCAGUGAGUGUCCAUGACCACAGCUGGGAGUGAGGGCCUCUACUCCCCCAUGGAGACUACACUGCCAUCCACUCCUGGUCCCCUUGGUUGAACCCACUGGCUGGAAGCCCCACAAGCAAGCCUAGGAAUCUCUCCUGUUUCUGACAUGACGGCACCCAACCUCUGUGCUGCUCCAGGGGAGAGGAGUCCUGUGCUGGGAUCCAGUCCUGGUUCUGUCCCAGGGGCCUGAAAAGUUCCAGCUCCCCUUCCAUUGUUGGUUCUGCUCACUGGCAGGUGGGGCCAGACACUCACCACCGCUAUGCUGAACCUCACUGUGAUUCCCAAGAAGAGAUCUCUCUGAGCCCUGGCUGCCCCACUCCCCAACCUCCCCAAACCAAACGGUUCCAGCCUUCCCCCAAACUUCCUUAGAAGGAGCGGACUUGCUGGUGAACUGAAGAUGGCUGCUGGUUUUUCCAUGUCAGCAUUUUAUUGCCUGUAUGAAAUAUGUGUUUUAUAUACUCUUGUAUUAUUUUCACCUUAUAUUUUGCAUUGUUGACAGACCCUGUUUUGUCCCCUCCAAGAAGUCUUCUUGUAAAAUCAUGUAUAAGAUAUAACUAAUCCUGAAGCUAUUACUGUAUAUGACAUUUGGUAAUAAAUAAUGACUCGGUGAUGACAUUAUUGGUGCACCCAGAAUGUGUAUUCAUAAUCUUGUCCAAUGGUGUCACAGACAUUAAGCUAAACUGUUCCUUUAUUGUUGUUGUUGUUGUUGUUGUUGUUAAGAGCUACACAUGUUUGGAACAGUUGUACAUUUUGAUUUGUUGAAAAUAUUUAAUUUAAAUAAACGUUUUUGUA